CUGUGGGGGCGGGUUCCCGGGCCCGCUGGCCGCCGCCGGCGGGCGGGCGACUCCUGUCCCGAGUGGAGGCGGCGGAGCCAGAGCCGGGGGAGGGGGCAGCGGCUGUCUGACGGACCGCGGCGGCGCCCGCAGCUCCUCACUGCACCCCCACUACAGGCCCGAGGCGCUUUCCGGAGCUUCCCACACUUCUGGGGAGAAGACUUCUUAGCCAGCUUGAUGUUUAAAAUUCAGCUGGAGCCCUUAAAACUUCGAGCGUGGACGCUGAAUGGGUUUGUAAAGUUUCGAAACAAGGACACCAGUGCCGGUCCAGUGGCUGUGAUGGGAAAGGAUUACUACAAGAUUCUUGGGAUCCCGUCGGGAGCCAAUGAGGAUGAGAUCAAGAAAGCCUAUCGGAAGAUGGCCUUGAAGUACCACCCAGAUAAGAACAAAGAACCCAACGCUGAGGAGAAGUUUAAGGAGAUCGCAGAGGCCUAUGAUGUGCUGAGUGACCCUAAGAAACGGGGCCUGUAUGACCAGUAUGGGGAGGAAGGCCUGAAGAGCGGCGGCAGUUCAUCAGGGGGCUCCAGUGGCUCCUUUCACUACACCUUUCAUGGGGACCCCCACGCCACAUUUGCCUCCUUCUUCGGCGGCUCCAACCCCUUCGAUAUCUUCUUUGCCAGCACUCGCUCCACUCGUCCCUUCAGUGGCUUUGACCCAGAUGACAUGGACGUGGAUGAAGAUGAGGACCCAUUUGGCUCCUUUGGCCGCUUUGGGUUCAAUGGGCUGAGUAGGGGUCCAAGGCGAGCCCCAGAACCACUGUACUCUCGGCGCAAGGUGCAGGACCCACCUGUGGUGCAUGAGCUGAGGGUGUCCCUGGAGGAAAUCUACCACGGCUCCACCAAACGCAUGAAGAUCACAAGGCGGCGCCUCAACCCUGACGGGCGAACUGUACGCACCGAGGACAAGAUCCUGCACAUUGUCAUCAAGCGUGGCUGGAAGGAAGGCACCAAGAUCACCUUCCCCAAAGAGGGCGAUGCCACACCUGACAACAUCCCCGCUGACAUCGUCUUUGUGCUCAAAGACAAGCCCCAUGCACACUUCCGCCGAGAUGGCACCAACGUGCUCUACAGUGCCCUGAUCAGCCUCAAGGAGGCACUGUGUGGCUGUACCGUGAACAUUCCCACCAUUGAUGGCCGAGUGAUCCCUUUGCCCUGCAAUGAUGUCAUCAAGCCAGGCACCGUGAAGAGACUCCGUGGGGAGGGCCUUCCCUUCCCCAAGGUCCCCACCCAGCGGGGAGACCUCAUUGUCGAGUUCAAAGUUCGCUUCCCAGAUAGAUUAACACCACAGACAAGACAGAUCCUUAAGCAGCACUUACCAUGCUCCUAGGCCCUGCCCCAGCCAGCCCAGAGCCUUCCACAGCAAUAGCCCCACACUCACCCCACCCAUUGUGCACCCAGCUUGAUGUCCACUGGACACUGGCAACUCUUUCUAAAUGCAAAAAACAAAACAAACAAAAAAAACUCACUGGUUUUCAGGGAAAAUGUUCCUGUCCCUGACCCCUUUCAGAGCUGGGCUGCCUUGGGGGAGUGGGAGGGAGGUGGGGAGAGCUAGCCCAGGCCAGGGGUUAAUUUUCAUGUCACAAGCUUUGAAUCCAGUUCCCACUCCAGUGGCUGGAGAGUGACCUGAGUGCUACUUGAAGAUAUAGAGAUUCCUUGUCCACGCCUGUAAAUAGCAUGUCCUCCUUACCCUCUCAGCUUUGCUAAUACCUCUCCUUUCCCUUCCCUUCAGCUUCCUCCUACUGGGGGAGGAAGAGGAUAAAAAGGACACUGCUUUCCCACCCCAGUCCCACCCCCAAGUCCACAGUGUCCAAGGCUAUCACACACAUAUUCAUGCACACAAAGCACACACCUAGAGCUGUGUGUGCCUCUCCAGGGUUGAGAUAGGAAGGGAAGGUCCAUAAUCCAUGAACCGGGCCAUUGAGCACGAGACACUUUUCAUUUGGGAAAGGGAGGUGAAGGGGCCCUCAGCAGCCUCCCUGACAGCUCCCCUGCCCAGACUCUGCAGAGCUGGAAGUGCUGUCCUCCCUGCUGCUCUUAAGAGUGUGCAAGGGUAGAGGAAGGGGAGGGGGCUGCUGUAUUAAGUCUAAGAGGUGGAGGGCAGGGUCUGUCUCCUAGCCUUCAUCAGGAAGGGAAAGGGCUUUGGGUCAGGUGGCAGCUAUUCCCCACCAAGAGAUUCAGGGUCACAGGUUUCUCCCCACACCUCUGAACUCAGGGCCUAGCCACCCCUAAACUCCCAAAUCCCAUUUCUGUGAUAUAUGAAGCUAUUUAUUUCUUACCCUUCAUGAAGGCUGCGGGGGAAUUUCUAGCCCUCUGACGCCUGUGUGACCCCACCUCACUCCCAUAAUUGUGUAAAGAUCAAAUAGUGAAGGAGCUAGGGUAAGACUGCUUCAGCCAUGUUCUGGGGUGGGGUUUUUAGGCUUUCUCACUUUGACAAGCCCCUGAAUGUUUUUAUAGUAGUUUUUUUGUAUUUUUUUGUAAUGACAGUAUUAUGGAAAAAAUAAAGUAUUUUAAAACUA